AUGGCAUCUUCAAAAGAAUAUACGGAACAACAGCUAAACUAUUACAGAAUUUGUUACGUAACUACUGAUAUACUGGCGGAAGGUCUGAGAGAAAUAUUUAAACAAGAAUGGGACAAACUGUACAAAACAACAAAAGGAGAAUGGAAAGACGAGCUACGUAAUGGAAUAGACUUUUAUAACGGAGAGUCUCCUCGAAAUCAAAAAAGAAACGCUCAUUUUUUGGCCACUAUGAAAAACGGAAACAGAGGGGAAUGGGAUUGUACAAUGCUAUUUUACGCUAUCCUUUUCUCUGAUUCCGUCGGGCCACGUCUUAGCGCAAUAGUCAGAAAAAAUUUAAAUGAUCUACGUAAUUUCAGGAACAAAGAAUUUGCUCACAUGCCACAAGGUAGUCUCUCUGAGAUAGAGUUUCAGAAUGCUAUUAGCAAAGUUGAUGUUGCGUUUCAAGCGCUUAGUCUUCCCACUGUAAAAAUCCAGGACCUGAAAUAUCAGAAAACAUUUCCAACAAAAGAUUUAACAAAGGUCCUCAAAGAAGUUGAUAAUCUGAAACAAGAAGUUCAAGAAAAAGAGAGUCAGCGCCAGGUCCUUGAAGAUCAACUCCAAAAUGAAGCACUUUCAUUUUGUGUUCUCCCUCCUAAACCUUCGCAUGAAAUCGGUGGUCGUGAAAGUGAAGUAGCCAAAAUAGUCCAACAGCUGAGGGAACUAAAUGAGUCCAGUGACAACAGGUUGAGUUAUCUAUACAUCUCAGGGAAUCCUGGAAGCGGCAAAUCACAGCUAGCUGGCCUCGUAGCUGAGAGAUUCUACGACGAAGUCAAAGAAAUGCCAAGUGGGUCUUCGUUUGUAAUGACCUUAAAUGCUACAAGUCCAGAUUCACUUCUGGAGUCGUAUGCCUCAUUUGCUCGCCAUUUAAAGUGCCCAGACUAUUCAAUUGUGGAAACCCUCAGCUCAAACGACUCGACCGUGGACGAAAAGAUCACUAAUCUUAAGAUGCUUGUCGCUGUAAAAAUUAAGUGUUACACGUCGUGGCUACUGGUGGUUGACAAUGUCACUACUCUGACUUCAGUGCAUGUCCAUUUACCACAGUUUGAAAACGAAGCUUGGGCGAGGGGCCAGUUGCUGAUUACGACCCAGGACACAACAUCAAUUCCCUCAGAAAACGUUUUUGUUAACCACAUCUCGGCAAGCAAAGGUAUGGAGCCCAAUGACGCCCGUUCAUUAUUGUCCAAGGUUUCCGGUAUCCCAGAUAGCGAGCUAGUAGGAACAGUAGCACAAAGACUGGACUAUCAACCUCUUGCUUUAGCAGGCGCUGCCGUCUUUGUUAAAGAGAUUCGGCAGGACAAAGUAUCGAGGCAUUUUGGGUGGGAGGAAUACCUGAAGAUCUUAGAAAAAGGCAAAAGAAAGAAAACGGAGUAUUUUCUUGUCAACACCAAUCCAGUUUAUCCAAAUUCAAUGACCAAAGCAAUAACGUUAGCCGUCGAAACACUGAUGGGAUUCGACAAAUUUCAAAAAAACCUUUUCACUUUUCUUGCCCUCUGCGCUCCACGACCAUUGAACGUCGACAUAGUAGUUAGUUACAUCAUGAACGCACAUGAAGAGUUUGAUGAGGCGGACAAGGAACUAAUUCGCAUGAGAUUAAAAAGAAACUCACUUCUGCUGUUCCAAGAUGACGAGGGUNGGAACAGUAGCACAAAGACUGGACUAUCAACCUCUUGCUUUAGCAGGCGCUGCCGUCUUUGUUAAAGAGAUUCGGCAGGACAAAGUAUCGAGGCAUUUUGGGUGGGAGGAAUACCUGAAGAUCUUAGAAAAAGGCAAAAGAAAGAAAACGGAGUAUUUUCUUGUCAACACCAAUCCAGUUUAUCCAAAUUCAAUGACCAAAGCAAUAACGUUAGCCGUCGAAACACUGAUGGGAUUCGACAAAUUUCAAAAAAACCUUUUCACUUUUCUUGCCCUCUGCGCUCCACGACCAUUGAACGUCGACAUAGUAGUUAGUUACAUCAUGAACGCACAUGAAGAGUUUGAUGAGGCGGACAAGGAACUAAUUCGCAUGAGAUUAAAAAGAAACUCACUUCUGCUGUUCCAAGAUGACGAGGGUUGCUGUUUUAUUCGACUUCACCAGGUUGUGCAUGAUGCCAUAAAAACUGUAACAAAAGAAUGUUCAGAAAGCCAAACCGAUGAGGUCGUUAGUGGGGUCAUUACAUCAUUCAACGAAUUCAUCGGUGCGACUCCACGAGAAAAUAAGAGACUGCAUACCAGACACAUCGCUCCACAUUUGAAAGCCUUAACUAUGGUAACUGACAAAGUGUUUUUGCCAGAUAAUUUCUUUCAAGUUCAUGAUACGGACAUUUCCGAAAAAUGCAAAAACCUUGGAAAUAUUUGUAAAAUGCAUUGUGAAUUCGAAGGAGCAAAAGCAUAUUAUGAAUAUUCAUUUACUUUUAAGCUUCAAGAGCUCGGCCCGAGACAUAUUGAUGUUGCAACAAGCUACACGAAUUUAGCUUUAAUUUACAAGAAAUUAGGUGACUUCGAGCAAGCCAAAAAGUUUCAGCAACGUGCUCUUGACAUCCAACUGGACAAGCUCGGCCCGAAACACGUUGAUGCUGCAGCAAGCUACAGGAAUUUAGCUUUAAUUUACAAGGAAUUAGGUGACUUCGAGCAAGCCAAGGAGUAUCAGCAACGUGCUCUAGACAUCGAUCUAGGCAAGCUCGGCCCGGAACAUGUUAAUGUUGCAAGAGACUGCAAUAACUUAGCUUUAAUUUACCAGAAAUUAGGCGACUUCGAGCAAGCCAAGGAGAAUCAGCAACGUGGUCUAGACAUCGAUCUGGAAAAGCUCGGCCCGGAACAUGUUGAUGUUGCAAAAGACUUCAAUAACUUAGCUUUAAUUUAUGAGAAAUUAGGCGACUUCGAGCAAGCCAAGGAGUAUCAGCAACGUGCUCUAGACAUCCAACUGGACAAGCUCGGCCCGGAACAUGUUAAUGUUGCAAGCGACUUCAAUAACUUAGCUUUAAUUUACCAGAAAUUAGGCGACUUCGAACAAGCCAAGGAGAAUCAGCAACGUGCUCUAGACAUCGAUCUGGACAAGCUCGGCCUGGCACACGUUGAUGUUGCAAUAGACUUCAAUAACUUAGCUUUAAUUUACCAGAAAUUAGGCGACUUCGAGCAAGCCAAGGAGAAUCAGCAACGUGCUCUAGACAUCGAUCUGGACAAGCUCGGCCCGGAACACGUUAAUGUUGCAAGAGACUUCUAUAACUUAGCUUUAAUUUACCAGAAAUUAGGCGACUUCGAGCAAGCCAAGGAGUAUCAGCAACGUGCUCUAGACAUCGAUCUGGACAAGCUUGGCCCGGAACAUGUUAAUGUUGCAAGCGACUUCAAUAACUUAGCUUUAAUUUACCAGAAAUUAGGCGACUUCGAGCAAGCUAAGGAGUAUCAGCAACGUGCUCUAGACAUCGAUCUGGACAAGCUCGGCCCGGCACACGUUGAUGUUGCAAGAGACUUCAAUAACUUAGCUUUAAUUUACCAGAAAUUAGGCGACUUCGAGCAAGCCAAGGAGUAUCAGCAACGUGUUCUAGACAUCGAUCUGGACAAGCUUGGCCCGGAACACGUUGAUGUUGCAAGAGACUUCUAUAACUUAGCUUUAAUUUACCAGAAAUUAGGCGACUUCGAGCAAGCCAAGGAGCAUCAGCAACGUGCUCUAGACAUCGAUCUGGAGAAGCUCGGCCCGGAACAUGUCAAUGUUGCAAUAGACGUCAAUAACUUAGCUUUAAUUUACCAGAAAUUAGGCGACUUCGAGCAAGUCAAGGAGAAUCAGCAACGUGCUCUAGACAUCGAUCUGGACAAGCUCGGCCCGGAACAUAUUAAUGUUGGAACAAGCUACUCGAAUUUAGCUUUAAUUGACAAGAAAUUAGAUGCCUUCGUGCAAGCCAAGGAGUAUCAGCAACGUGCCUUGGCUAUCAGAGCAGACAAACACGGCCGACAAACAAAUAAGGUAAGGACUGCUAACAGACGCAAAAAACUAUAUUUCUUCCUGAAAGAUUUUACGCAGUCUUGA